AUGGAAGCACCAGUAUUCAAACCUAUACAUGAUGUUAUAAGAAUAAAAAAAAAAGAACAUGAUGUUAAUAUAAAAUCCGAUAUAUAUAAAAAAUUUCUUGAAUUAAAAAAGGAGGCUUAUAUAAACCUAGAAAAUAAAAACAUCAAAGUGAUUAUAUAUGAAAAUAUGAAUUAUGACGACAUAAAAAAAAAAGAAAAAGAACAUGAGAAUUAUAAUAGUAAAAGUAGUAAUAGUAGUUUUUGUGAUGAAAAAUGUAAUGAAGACAUUAAUAAAAAUAAUAGAAAGAAAAAUAUAAAAAGAGAUAAUGUAUCAAAGAAAAAUAUAAAAGAUGAUAAUGUAUCAAAGAAAAAUAUAAAAGAUGAUAAUUAUAAUGAUGAUGAAAAUAAUAAGAAUAAUAUACAGAAUAAUAAACAAGAAAUUCAUGAUAACAAUAUAAAAGAAGGUGAUGAAAAAGAAUAUAUUGAUGAUGUAGUAAAAGAAGAAAAAAAAAACAGAAAAGUUUUAGGUACGUUAAAAAUAUUAUAUAAUUUUUAUGUUAAUUUAUUUGAUAAAUUAAAAGAAGAUGUAGAAAACAUACAAAACAAUACAAAUCAUAAUAAUAUAGAUUUAUUUAGAGAUAUAAAUCUUUACACAAAUUAUAUAUCUAUGUUUGAUAUCUUAAAUUUAUGUGAGGAUUUGCAUAUUAUAAAAAAUUUUAUUAACUCUAAGAAGGAAUGUGAAUUAAUAUGGAUACUUACCCUUAAUUAUUUUGAUAAUAUUAAAGAAAACGUUUUUCAGAGGUAUAGACAUAAAAUAAAUGUAACUUAUAAGAGAAGAAGUACAUUAGAAGGACAUGAUGAAAAAGGAUUACAAGAAGAUACUACAAAAAAUAUUGAACAAAAAGAUAUAAAACAAAUAAAACAUGAAGAUAAUAAUGGUAAUGAUAAUGAUAAUGAUGAUGAUGAUAAUAAUAAAAAUAAUCAUAAUAAUAAUAAUAAUAAUAAUAUUAAGAACAAAAAAAAAGAUACACAUAAUGAAAAAAUAAAAACAAAUUGUGAUAAUUCCUAUCUACAAAAAGAUAAUAAUAAUUCGUAUUAUAAUUGUAAUUAUAAUUAUAGCUAUAGUCAAGACAUACAUAAUCAGGAUACUUAUUACAGAGAUGAAAACCACAAUAUUAAAGAAUAUAUUUAUGACAAUUUACAUGAUAAAGAAAAUUGUAUAAUGUAUAGAAAAGUUAAUUUUUUUAUAUUUGUUUAUAUUUUAAUAUAUAUUAUAAAAACAAGCACAAGAAAAAUUCAAGCCAUUAAAGAUGAUAUUAAAAAAGUAAAAAGCUUUUUCUUCUUUUUAAAUUUAUAUGAGAAGAAAAAAACUAUGGAAAUAUUACAAAAUAUAUAUAAAGAUAAAUAUUUACAAUUCUUUCAAAAUUAUAGAGGAAAAGAGGAAAUAGAAGAAUACAGAAAAAGAAAAAUUUUUCGUCAUAAAUUCUCUUUUUAUAAUAUCAACAAAAUAUUGUAUGACAAAGAUGAUUUGAUAAAACUUAAAAAUAAAAAUAUGCAACAUGACAAAGAAGAUAAAAAAAAGGGAAAUCGUCAAAUUGUAAAAAAUGAAAAUUAUUAUAUUGUGAAAGGAAUGAAAAAUGAGCCAGAGGAAGUAAAAGAAAAAGAAACAAAGAAAGAAACAGAGAAAGAAAAAGAAAAUGAGAAAGGAAAGGAACCCAUUUUAAAUAUACACAACAAAAUAGAUGAUGAGGAGGGAAAAGAAAAAAGGGAAGAUGUUAAUAAAUACGAGUUAACUAAUUAUAUAGAAACUAUUGAUAUGAAGGAAGAAAAUAUAAAAGGUAAGUUUGUUCAAGAAGAAAAUAAAAAGGAUACAUUUGUAAAAGAUCCAAAAAAAAAUAAUGAAAAUAAUAAUAAUAAUAAUAAUAAUAAUAAUCCAAAAAAUAAAAACACUAACAGUAGUUGUUGUAGCAGUAGUAGUAGCGAUGACCAUGGGAAUCAUAAUAAGAAUAAUGUCCUCUUAAAUCAAUAUAUUUUUGAUUAUAUAUUUAAAAAUUAUUGUUAUAAAAAAAAAUACUGGAAAGUUAGAGAUGGUAUAUGUGUAGACUAUGGUAUCAUAAAAAAAGAAAAGAAGAAAUUUAAAAUAGACAUAUAUAAUCAUAGUAAAUAUAAUAUAAAUGUAGAUAUAGAUAUAGACAAAGAAUUACCUUUACUAGUAAUAUUUAAAGAUAAAUUAUUUUGUAUUAAUUCAAAAUAUUCAAUAUAUUUACAAGUGGACAAUAAUGAAAAUGUGGGAGAAAAACUCGGUUGUAUCCAUGUUAAAUGUAAAUAUAAAAAUGUACAUAAACAAGAAACCUUUUUCAAAAUACCUGUAUAUAUCUGUUUAGAAUAA